AUGGCGGCGGCCGCGGCAUGCCUACAGUGCUUGCUACUUUUUUUGUGUCAAGUGGCCACAACAGUGAACGUGGAAUCCCAGGAGAUUGCAAUAUCAGCUGAUGGCAGCACGGAGGAGCUCGCCAAAGAGGCUGACUUGGAGGACCAGGGCCUCUCGGCUUUUGCGGAGCUGGAGAAUUUGGACUUCAAGGUUCACAGAGGCACCGGUGAGCUAUCAGCCGACUCUGUGCUGAGGAUUGGUGAGAGCGAGAGUGGCAUUUGGUCCUUUGUGAAUUUGGGUGCCGAGCAAAGCCAGGAACUCAUGGAUCAGAGUGAGCUUAUUUCUAUGGCCGCUGGCACCUCUGGUCUUGGCGCCAAGAGGUCCUACAGGUCAGUCACAGCGAUCGUUGGAUCGUCUGGUGGAAAGGUCGCAGAAUGGAGCAACCUGGCUUUGGCUGGAAGGAGUUUUAUGGGUUUGUUCCGGAACGCUUCCGCCACCUCGCCUGGUCGCUUCAAGAUCUAUGCCUUGGAACCUGCACAGGUGAGCAUCACCACCAUGAGAACCUCCGAGGUCAAGGCUCAAGUCCUCGGUCGGAACGAGAUCCAGACCUUCGCGACUGAAGACAAUGAUGUCGUUCAGCUCUCAAGCACAGGCGACGUCAUUGUGCAAUCGAUGGAAGAGUCUGCAGACUUCCUGCAGCUGGCACCUGUGGAUGAGGCCAUCUACGGAUAUUGCCACGAGCUGUGUGCAAUUAUGGCCUUUGAUCGUGAGGCAAGCCUAUUGACCGAAGAAUGCGCAGAUGGAAGUACGAGAAGCUAUGAUAAGAGCAGCAUGAUCGAAGAGACCUAUUGGAGCGUCACGGUCGGCAAAGCGUGCCGCUGGCGCAGCUCAGAUGGCUCUAAGAUCGCUGGGACGUCCCGAUCAGAUGGACCAAACCGAGUCUCCAUCUCCUUGUUGCCAGCGAUCUAUUUUCAGGAGACAACGCUCUUCCCUUUGGCCUUGCAAUCUGUGAAGUUCAUUGGCACAGAGCCAACCACUUGCCAGGUGGAUGGCCACGAGUUCACUCUCUCAGGGAGCAACUCUGUCUACAGCGCCGAGCUGGACCAAGUCACAGCGAAGUCCUCUGCACUGUGCGACAAAGCUGUCAUGGUCCUAGGACUGGCUCCAGGUAUGGCGGAUACCGUGCAGCUUUUGACAGUGUCAUCCAAUCAGCCAGCUGCGUACACGAAGCUGGGCAAUGGUCUUUGUGAAAGCAACGACCGAUUUAACAAGUUCACCCUGGAGGAGGAGUAUCCGUAUCUCACAGAGGAGAAGCUCUUGGACUGGAAGCUAAUCACUACCCGAGAGCAGCCAGGCAUUUGCAAUGUGGAGUCGGUAGAUGAGUGCUUUCAUCUUUGCUCCAUCGUAAGUGAUUGCAAGUUCUUUGCCACACACUUUGCAGUGAACUGCAAAGCCUGCUUGCUAUACAAGAAUUGUGGAAAGCGAGGGCAGUCACUUAUGCAGGAUGACGAAGGCAACGAAGGGGACAGCGGAGACUCUGGCACCGAGCUGCAGAUGUACGACAUUUUCCAGGUGGAGGAAUCGGACUUGAGGGUGCAAGGGAAUGCAGCGAAGAACCUGGUAACGAACCCAUCCUUCAACGAUGGCAAGAAUGGAUGGACCGAGGAGUGUCCGCCCAUGAUGUACAACGGCAAGAACCUCACCUACAGCUGCAAGAACGAGGGGGUCUCAAACGGCGUGUCCAAGGCGGUUGGAGGCGACUCCACGGCGUAUCAUAUCAAGGGGAACUGCUGGGAAGGUUCCAGAGGUGGCGUAUACCAAGACAUCAAGACGGAGAUAGGCUACACGUAUGAACUUACCUUCAGAGUGAUUGAUGGAUGGUUCAGCAAAAAGAACUCAAAAGAAGAAAAGAGCUGGGUGGAGGUGCAAAGCCCGCCGGGUGAGACGCCUGUCAUGGAUGAGACGGUGAGGACAUCGGCCUCACUGAAGGAGCCUCAGCAGGGUCAAUGGCAGACGAAAGGCCCAUUCAAGUUUGUAGCUCUUGCAACAACCUCUCGUAUUUUUUUCUACAGCGGUGGCACAGCUUGUACCAACAUCGAUGAUGUCGCGGUCAGGAAGACCAAGGACCCCAAACUCGUGGUCUUCUCCUUCUCAACCCUGGUGGAAGAGAAGCGCUGGAUUGUUACGAAGGGCUCCUUCGUGGAUGCAGAGAACAAGACCGACGGCAGCUCCAUCCGCGCACUCAAAAAGAACGUUGUGGUCAUGAAGCCAUCAGAGGCAGCCGGGGACAAUGGACAGACCGAGGGUGAAAACGACAUGGACAUCAAUACCCGUGACUUGACCGGGGGUGGCUGCUCACGGGUCUCUGGCUUUGUCAGGUAUGUACCACAGCCCCUUUACCAGUACGACGACAAUGAAGUGAACAACGGCAGCCUUCUCAGCAGUGUCCAGUUCGAAAUCCAAGAGCCCAUCGGCCAGCGUGUUGGACCAGCUUACCAGGUUGGCGUUACUGGCAGUGUGCUGAACGCGGUGCUGGAUCCUUCACCAGAGAACAUCCGCUUGAGGGUGAAGGUCGAGCCCACGUCCGAAGAAGCCUCAGAAGCUCGUCUUACUUACACGUUGGAAUUGCAGCUUUACUUCUUGUGCAAGGGCGGAGGUGACUCGAGAAACGACUGGAAGCUCAACACCUACGAAUACUCAGGCAACGAUGGUUUGUGCAUCUCUUUGGCCGCGCGUGAUUCUGUGGGGAUGGGCUGCCAUGAGGUAACAUGCAGGCAGAACCCCACCUCCGAUGCCAGCCUACAGCCCUGCAAUGAGGAGGACUGGGCGCAGAACUUCUACCCUGACGGCCGCCUGAUGCGCAGCGCAUCGCCAGCCGACCGGUGCCUUGCGGUAGACUACACCAUGGUGAAGUCCGCUGGGAACUGCAAGCCCAUCACGCUGAAGCUUUGUGACGAGUCCGAUCCGGGGCAACGGUGGACCAUCAAGGGCGGAAGCUCUCCGCAGGAUGUGGCAGAGCUUCGAAUGGAGGAUGGCCUUGUAGCUUCCGUCCCAAAGGCGGCCUCAGAGCUUGCUACCUUCGAUAUGAAGGUGGAGGCCUGCAAAGAGCAGGAGCAGGGAGGGCCGGGAAGGGUCGUCAUCGUGUCGAUCAGACCGAGAACCCUCUUUGGACAGAAGAAAGGACUCCGUUGUGGAGAUAUUGGUGACACAAGAGUCUAA